UCAGUCUAGUAUAAAUAAGCCGACGAGCAGGUCUGAUCAGACUGAAGCAAAACCUUUCAUACGGCUACAACAACACCCAAACUAAGGAUUAUUGGACUCUUCGUUGGAUUUAUUUAUCAGAACCGAAUCCUCGGUACAAGCACAAUGACUUUGAACAAGGGUGACAAAUUGCGGAACAUGGACAAGAGGAGAGGAAGCAUGCCUUUCCCCAUGAAUCUGCCCAACCUUCACCGGAGGAGCAUGCCGGUAGACGACCGGGACCUGCGCGCCACGAUGCCACAGACCGGCCAGACGGACGAGUUGUCCAACCUUUUGCGGUGCACCUCCUACUCCCCGAAUGACCAGCACCGGGGCAGCUGUGCGUCAGACUCCUCCGAUUCCGUGAUCUCCACUGGCAGCGAAGCGGAGUCCCAGGUGUACAAGGUGGUUCUCCUCGGGGAACACGGGGUUGGCAAGUCCAGUCUGGCGCGCGUCUUUGGAGGAGUUGAAGAUGCUAGUCACGACUGCGAUGAAGCAGGAAACACUUAUGACAGAUCUAUUGUGGUGGAUGAAGAAGAAGCAGCUAUCGUGUUGUAUGACAUCUGGGAACAGGAUAAUAGCCAGUGGAUGAAGGAGCAGUGUAUGAGGAUGGGAGACGCCUACAUCAUCGUCUACUCAGUGACAGACAAAUCAAGCUUUGAGAAGGCAUCGGAGCUGCGUAUUCAGCUGCGCCGAGCCAGGCAGUCAGAGAACAUUCCCAUAAUCCUUGUGGGCAACAAGAGUGACCUGGUGCGGUCCAGAGAGGUGUCUGUAGAUGAGGGGAGCGCAUGUGCAGUAGUAUUCGACUGCAAGUUCAUCGAAACAUCUGCAUCUCUUCAUCACAAUGUGCAGGACCUAUUCGAGGGCAUCGUCAGACAGAUCCGCUUGAGGAAAGACAGCAAGGAGGAAAAUGCACGACGCAUGGCCAACUGCCGGCGUAGAGAGAGCAUAGGCAAGAAAGCCAAAAGGUUUCUGGGUCGCAUGGUUGCACGCAAAAACAAGAAGAUGGCUUUUAGGCAGAAGUCAAAGUCCUGUCAUGACCUCACAGUUCUCUGAGGAACAGAUGGGACAGAGGGACAUUUUUUUCUUUGGCCUCUGAAGACCAGAUGCUGUGUGUGUUUUAACACUAACCCUAAAGGACUAAUAGAGUUGUACAGGAAUAUAUUUUUAUUUUUUAGACACCAACCAAAAGCAAAAAGAGGACUUGAAUAAUUAAACAUGACUGACAUUACUCAAGUCAUAUCAUGAUGAAAUGAUGAUAACCUGCAUGAAGCUUUGGAAACAUGUAUUUUGAUUUUUAUUUCUUUUUUUUUUUCAUAUUGCCUUAAAAUGUUGCUCUCAUAAUAUGAUCAGUAUGUUAAAUAAUCCACAGAGGCUUGUUAUUUCUGAUGAGUUGCAAAAAUUGAAUUACUGUUGGGUUACAAUUUUUAUUAUUAUUAUUAUUAUUAUUAUUAUUAUUAUUAUUAUUGGAGGGGAUUGUUGUAUAUACUGUAACAUGAAUUAUGCUGAAUGCAACAUACAUCUCAUUAUCCUAGAAGACAGUAAAACAUGACAAUACUAGGCCCUCUGUAGUCAUACUUACUUGAAAUGUGGUACGCAGGUUCGUGCUUCGGCCAAGUUACUGAGGCCCAGUCAGAGCUUAGAGAAAACCUCUGUUAUUCUAUGUUGUUCCUUUAACACUGAAAUCAGGUUGUGAAUGUAUGAGUAAAGCAAUAAGUUAUAUUAGUCUUGUGAACCUUGACAUGACUUGGAAAUUCUUUGUUUACGUUGGAUUCAUUUUUCAAUAAAAUAUGAAAUUCAGAU